GAGUCUAUCUGAAAUGAUUACAGAUUGUAUGAGUUGUUGAAACGUUGCAGGGUAUUCAAUUGAAGAACAAAUAACUGCAUGCUGCAUUAAAAUUAGACAUGGCGGAUCAUGUGUGUGUGGUUAUAUUUAUAUGUUCGUGUGUUGUCCUUGUUUUGACAGACAGUACAGAUAACUGUCAAAAGGUUGAAGUAGGGAUCGCACAUAAGCUGUUUAUGUUUCCAUUCAAGUGGAGUGCACAAGAAUUAGAAUCAGUCACAUGUGACAAAUACGGAACUACGAUUGGCCAUUGUAGAGGUAUAAGCGUGUUCGAUUGUUCAGUUGAGCAGUCAUUUAGAGGUCUUUACAACAUGUCUUCAAAUGCCAACCUUACACAGGUCAUUCUCACAAUAAUAACAUUCGAUGAGACCCUUGCCGGCGAGUACUGCUGUUCAAAGGAAAGCAAGAAAGAGUCCACGUGUCAAUGCGUCCAAAAAGCAGAACCACUUACGCCGAAACCAGCACCUUCUGCAGAAGCCCCUACUGCACCUGAAGGCACACAGACACAAGCUUCUUCCACUGGAAUACAAAUAGACACACAAACAAAUUCUACUUCCACUGGAAAACAAUUAGGUCUUAAUGAUUGGGCUCUGACAACAUGUGUACCCAUCUUCUUUCACCUUUCGAGGAUGUACAUUGCUGACUGAAGAAAUCGCCCGCACGGAUUCCUGAAGACAAACCAAUGUUUUAACAACAAUGUAUAAAUCUCAUGCGUGUUCCUCGUUUGAAGAUUGAUAAGUUUAUCACACUUUAAUAAAUUUCAUUAACAUAAAUGACUGUAAUACAUUUAUUCCAUUUAGAAGAAUAAGCAGUAUAUAGAUAGUUUAGUGAUAACAAAAAGAAAUUUUCAAAGUGUGUACCCAUUUUGCAACGGUAGUUAUAACUUUAAGUAUUGCACGCAAUCACACAUUCAAUUUAUUUCAAUUGGUAACAAAAUAAGUUGCCGUAUCGUUUGGCUCAAAAUUAGCUAUACGUACAACCGCUAAAAUAUACAUGUCUACAAUGUUAAAGUUUGCCUACAUGCAACGUACAUGAGCAUUAUAUAGUAUAAAGGCGUAUUAUUCUGCAUACAGGCAUACAUGUACAUUAAAUGUAUCUUGAGAAAAAAAUGAGUCCACAGUAUGCUAAGCAGUUUCGUUCAUUCUUAUAUUGACUCAUAUUUAACAUAAAGCGUUAUAAUUUAAAGGAAACAAUGAAGGUCUAAACAUGAAAUUGUAUUUUAAUAGUAUGAUUAGUUAACCUUAACAAAUGCAAACAAUCGUAUUCAAAAGUAUGAUUUUAGUGUCUUAAAAUGUACGGACCGAAUGCUAGUGUACCUGUAUAAGUGUAAAUGUGUCAGUACGCACAAAUAUAUGACAGUUUUCAUAAACAAAAUGCCUGCAUACACAGGAUUGUGUCUGUUAGCGUAUGUUGGCACAUGUAGGUAAAAAGAGAUUCGUCAUAAGAUACGGUCGUAAACCACAACGCUUUGCUUGUGUUAUUAAGCUUCUCUUUUCGUGCAGACUUGUCAUUUUAAUAGUUUAUAUACAUGAACAAUUUUUGAAAAUGACAUGUGUUUGUUUGCUCAUUUUUGACAGCAAAAUGAAAUUGAAAACUUAAAUUACCCUGCGUUUUCUUUGUAUAAUGUAUAAUUUCCCUUCGUGUUUUAAUGUUUUUUGUUACUAUUUUCCUAGACCAAUUUAUAAACAUCAACAAAUGUAAACAUUACUCGCAUGCUAUCAUUGAAAGCCACCUUAUUAGCCAGUUCUUGCUUAUGUGUUUUGUUUCGUUAUUUAUGGAAUUUUAUGGCAUUAUUAUUGGUUUCCAUGUUUAAUUCACAUUAUGUAUGGAAAAAUAUAUCAAAGUCAAUUUUUUAAAAUCUGCAAAUUAUGUUUGAAUGUGUUUUUUAACAAUGUAGACGACCAAUACGUACAUAUAGGGCUAGACAGAAAAGUCUUUCUAAUUAACUUGAUAAAACUUGAUUGAAUUUGAUCAAACAUUAAUCUUUCAUUCAGCUAGAGUACAAUGAUACGAUUAUCAUGAACAGGUACAUGUAUUGACCAUUCCUUCACCGCAUAGCAUGAACAGCACAAUUAUUCAUCACCCUUUAUAAUGUUUGAUGCUUAUAAAACAGUAGCUUAAUCAUACUUGCUUACAUGUUUCUUUAUGUAUGCUUUAAGAAUAUAUUUAUGUUAUGCAUUUUGUACUUAUUGUUCUUUAUGUUUUCGAUAUUUUAUGUUGGUAAUUACAAUAAAGGAAUCAAACAAUACACUAAUACAAGCUCGUC